CGUCGUCUCCCUCGUUCUCCGUGUUGUUGUUCAUCUCCGUGACGCGACAGAGGUGUAGCCUGACGCGGUCUCUUACGUGUCGGUCUGAAUAAAAGUGGAGCUCGGAGGACCCGGGAGUGACGAAGCGAGUCUGUGUCGGGUAAGCAUCCGAUGCGGAGAAGGGGAUAGAAAAAAGCCCUGGUGUGUUGGAGAAAUCGGUCCAAAUCUAACAAAGAGAUCAUGGCGGCGGUUUUGCAGAGCUACACGAUGUUGAGUCAGUCUACAAAGCUAGCCGGCCAGCUAUGUGAGAAUGGUACUGGAAAAAUGGGAGUGAGGCUUGAGUCCUCGAGUAAUGAUUGCAACCACAGUAAUUAUAGUAUCAGCAUGUUGGCUAGCAGACCUAAUUUGGCCAUCUAGCUAGCUACAUAGCCUGCUGGCAAUCGUUAAAAACGUGUAGGUCCGAAUGCCUAGCUUGCUAAGCUAACUAGCGGUAUAGAAUGUUAGCCCAGCCCAACUGUCUGGCUUAGCUACAGACAUUUCUCUCCCAAAGAACUAGCUAACGUUAGUUAGCUUGCAAGAUAGUCAGUCUGUGCAAGCACGGCGUGGUUAAAUGUUGAAUAAGCGUACUACUUAGCAAACGUAGAUAAUAUAUCAAUUCAACUGUCAUAGUUAACCAAAUACAAAUGAGUUAAGAGGAAAUACUCAAGACUUUACCGCAUGGGACACAUUUUUAUAUCUACGUUAACUAGCUAGGAGCUAUAGCUAGUCAGUCAGGUUAAGUCGAUAUUUGCUAACUACCACACAGCUUUGAUAUAUCAAGCAACAAUAUGAACAUGACUACAUUUCGUACCAUUUGGUUGAAACUGAAUGUUUUUUCUUACAAUCUAUUAGUAUAACUAGGCAAGUGUCCGCUAGCUACUGACUUAUCUUUGUAGCUAAAAUUGCUAUAUACUUAUGCUAGCUAGCUACCUGGAAAAAGGCGGCAAUAACAGGGUACCUUGUUAGGAAAUGUUGACAUGUACUGUAGAUUAUACCGUACAUUGAAAAUGCACUUUUAAAAUGUGUAAUCAUUACCUUCAUGCAAUGUUGGAACUUAUUAUCUAGAUAUACAUUGAGCAACACACUCAUGCACGAUGUCUACGUAGGAGGGGGAUUCCAAUAAAGAACACAUUUUUACCUUAGUAACGUUACUUAUUUGUGGUUUGGGAUAGUAUACCCCAUACUUUCAGAUAGUCACACGUAUUACUACAUGUCUGGUAUAGCCUACAAUCAAUCACCUAAACAAAUAACAACCUGGUCGUGUAUAAAAUAGACAGGGGCACAAAAGCCACGGAAACAUCACAUAGUCAGUGCAUAACGUCACUUAAAUCAGGAAUCUCCAACCCUGUUCCUGGAGAGCUACUGUCCUGUAGGUUUUCACUCCCAACACUGUUUCUGGAGAGUUACCGUCCUGUAGGUUUUCACUCCCAACACUGUUUCGGGAGAGUUACCAUCCUGUAGGUUUUCACUCCAUCCAUGUUCCUGGAGAGCUACUGUCAAAUCAAAUUUUAUUGGCCACAUGCGCCGAAUACAAUAGGUGCAGACAUUACAGUGAAAUGCUUACUUACAGCCCUUAACCAACAGUGCAUUUAUUUUUUAAUAAAAAAGUAAAAUAAAACAACAAAAAAAGUGUUGAAAAAAAGAGCAGAAGUCAAAUAAAAUAACAGUAGGGAGGCUAUAUAUACAGGGGGGUACCGGUGCAGAGUCUAUGUGCGCGGGCACCGGCUAGUUGAGGUGGUUGAAGUAAUAUGUACAUGUGGGUAGAGUUAAAGUGACUAUGCAUAAAUAAUUAACGGAGUAGCAGCAGCGUAAAAAGAUGGGGUGGGGGGGCAGUGCAAAUAGUCCGGGUAGCCAUGAUUAGCUGUUCAGGAGUCUUAUGGCUUGGGGGUAGAAGCUGUUGAUUAGUCUUUUGGACCUAGACUUGGCACUCAGGUACCGCUUGCCGUGCAGUAGCAGAGAGAACAGUCUAUGACUAGGGUGGCUGGAGUCUUUGACAAUUUUGAGGGCCUUCCUCUGACACCGCCUGGUAUAGAGGUCCUGGAUGGCAGGAAGCUUGGCCCCAGUGAUGUACUGGGCCGUACGCACUACCCUCUGUAGUGCCUUGAGGUCGGAGGCCGAGCAGUUGCCAUACCAGGCGGUGAUGCAACCAGUCAGGAUGCUCUCGAUGGUGCAGCUGUAUAAUCUUUUGAGGAUCUGAGGACCCAUGCCAAAUCUUUUCAGUCUCCUGAGGGGGAAUAGGCUUUGUCGUGCCCUCUUCACGACUGUCUUGGUGUGUUUGGACCAUGAUAGUUCGUUGGUGAUGUGGACACCAAGGAACUUGAAGCUCUUGUUCCACUACAGGUUGAGAACAGGUCCUGUAGGUUUUCACUCAAACCCAAAUCUAACGCACCUGAUUCUAAUAAUUAGCUGGUUGAUCAUCUGAAUUAGGUCAGUUACAAAUGGGGUUGGAGCGAAAACCUACAGGAUGGGUGUCUGUCCAGGAACAGGGUUGGAGUGAACCUACAGGAGGGUAUCUCUCCAGGAACAGGGUUGGAGAACCCUGAAUUAAAUCCAUACCAAAAUCCAGUGGUUUACAUUUUGUGUGUAAAAACGGACAUUCACAGGCUCUCCAGAGUUCUCCACCCUCCAAUCCAGCCAACUAAAUGACCAUGGAAGCGGGCGCCGAUACACAGCAGGGUGGUGACACAGCUGUUUCUGAGUCUGAGGCCCAGCAGAUCACACUGGCCCAGGUACAUUACCCUCAUCAACGUUGCCAGACACUUGAAUCAAAUUAAACUUUAUUGAUCCUCAGGUGGAAAUUCUUUACGAGGGCCUAAUUUCUGCGUACAUGUAUGAGUCUGUAUGGCUGCGUUUACACUGGCAGCCCAAUUCUGAUGAUUUUUCAACUCAUUUGUCCUUUGACCAAUCACGUCAGAUCUUUUUUAGAGCUGAUAUGAUUGGUCAAAAGACAAAUUGGUGAGAGUGUAAACGCAGCCAUACAGACUUCUUAAAGCUGGCUGCCCGGUCACACUGAGCAAUCGGGGGAGAAGGGCAGGUGACCAAGAACCUGCCUGUGUAAAUGCAGCCUAUGUGUAUAGGGGGCCUCUAUAGGUGGGCUGCGUUAAGCAGGGCACAACGUUGUAGAACGUUCAGAUAUAAAUAAGUUACAGUAUGUAGAACAGCAGAACUGUUCUCCGACGACAUGAAGAAUAAUCAAUCACUUCUAUUCAGUUCUAUUCAUGGUCUUUGAUUGUACCCAUUAUGUGCAUGUAGGCUAUACCAGUAGAUUCAUAAGCUAAAAGAUGGACCUGGGCCCGGUUUCCCAAAAGCAUCUUAAGGCGAAGUUCAUCGUUAGAACCAUAGGAUCCUAUUGUUCUAAGAUGAACUUAGCCUUAAGAUGCUUUUGGGAAACCGGGCCCUGGACCAUUAUAAUGUGCAUGUAUAGGCUACGUUCAUGAGCCGUUUCUAAUUGUGUGUCUGCUGCAGGUGUCUAUGGCUGCAGCACAGGUCUCCUCCAGUGGCCCUACAGUCACCCUAGUGCAGUUACCCAACGGUCAGACGGUUCAGGUUCACGGGGUCAUCCAGGCCUCCCAGCCCUCGGUCAUCCAGUCGCCUCAAGUGCAGACUGUCCAGGUGGGCCCCAUGCCUCCCUCCCUCCACUACACUAGUCUUAUUGUGAUAUAUAUAGGAAGGUACAUGCAAUAGGCCUUGGUAAUAAGCAGCAACAGGGCUAUAUUUGACCUGCACUGUUGGAGCUUGGAGCUUAUGAAUUUCACUGUACCCUGCAAUUAGUGCCUUCAGAAAGUAUUCAGACCCCUUGACUUGUUCACAUUUUUGUUACGUUACAGCCUUAUUCAAAAUUUUUUUUUUUUUUUUUACAUUCCUCAGCAACCUACACACAAUACCCUAUAAUGACAAAGCAAAAACAGGUUAUUUGAAAUUUUAGCAAAUUUAUCACACACAAAAAACUGAAAUAUCUUAUUUACAUAAAUAUUGCUAUGAGAUUCGAAAUUUAGCUCAGGUGCAUCCUUUUUCCAUUGAUCAUCCUUGAGAUGUUUCUACAACUUGAUUGGAGUCCACCUGUGGUAAAUUCAAUUGAUUAGACAUGAUUUGGAAAGGCACACAACUGUCUAUAAAAGGUCCCACAGUUGACAGUGCAUGUCACAGCAAAAACCAAGACAUGAGGUCGAAGGAAUUGUCCGUAGAGCUCCGAGACGGGAUUGUGUCGAGGUACAGAUCUGGGGAAGGGUACCAAAACAUUUCUGCAGCAUUGAAGGUCCCCAAGAACACAGUGCCCUCCAACAUUCUUAAAUGGAAGAAGUUUGGAACCACCAAGACUCUUCCUAGAGCUGGCUGCCCAGCCAAACUGAGAAAUCGGGGGAGAAGGGCCUUGGUCAGGGAGGUGACCAAGAACCUGAUGUUCACGCUUACAGAGCUCUAGAGUUCCUCUGUGGAGAUGGAAAAACUUUCCAGAAGGACAACCAUCUCUGCAGCACUCCACCAAUCAGGCCUUUAUGGUAGAGUGGCCAGACGGAAGCCACUCCUGAGUAAAAGGCACAUGAUGGCCCGCUUGGAGUUUGCCAAAAGGCACCUAAAUACUCUCAGACCAUGAAAAACAAGAUUCUCUGGUCUGAUGAAAGCAAGAUUGAAGUCUUUGGCCUCAAUGCCAAGCAUCACGUCUGGAGGAAACCUGGCAAACAUUUCUAAAAACAUGUUUUUGCUUUGUCAUUAUGGGGAAUUGUGUGUAGAUUGAUGAGGGAAAAGGCAAUUUAAUCAAUUUUAGAAUAAGGCUGUAACAAAAUGUGGAAAGAGUCAAGGGGUCUGAAUACUUUCCGAAGACACUGUACAUGUGCGAUCCUGUGCAUGUGACUAAUGAACUCAUCUAAUCUAUAGGAGAGAAUCUCUCAGAAGGCAGCUAUGAGGGUUGGUGUGGGUCACAUACAGUAAUAACAAAUCAAUGUAACAUUAUUGGAUGUUGUACAGGUAUUACUGCAUUUCCAAUAAACUGUCCACCCACUUUCCCCACGCGUUUUGGGGAUGAAAUUUCACUUCCUUAUGUUAUACAGUACCAGUCAAAAGUUUGGACACCUGUACUCCUGAGUGGUGCAGUGGUCUAAGGCACUGCAUCGCAGUGCUAACUGUGCCACUAGAGAUCCUGGUUCGAAUCCAGGCUCUGUCGCAGCCGGCCGCGACCGGGAGACUCAUGGGCGGCGCACAAUUGGCCCAGCGUCGACUCAUUCCAGGGUUUUUCUUUAUUUUUAGUAUUUCCUACAUUGUAGAAUAAUAGUGAAGACAUCAAAACUAUGAAAUAACACAUAUGGAAUCAUGUAGUAACCAAAAAAGUGUUAAACAAAUCAAAAUAUAUUUUAUAUUUGAGAUUCUUCAAAGUAGCCACCCUUUUGCCUUGAUGAAAGUUUUGCACACUCUUGGCAUUCUCUCAAGCGGCUUCAUGAGGGAGUAACCUGGAAUGCAUUUCAAUUAACAGGUGUGCCUUGUUAAAAGUUAAUUUGUGGAAUUUCUUUCCUUCUUAAUGCAUUUGAGCCAAUCAGUUGUGUUGUGACCAGGUAGGGGUGGUACACAGAAGAUAGCCCUAUUUGGUAAAAGACCAAGUCGAUAUUAUGGCAAGAACAGCUCAAAUAAGCGAAGAGAAAUUACAGUCCAUCAUUACUUUAAGACAUGAUGGUCAGUCAAUCCGGAACAUUUCAAGAACUUUGAAAGUUUCUUCAAGUGCAGUCUCAAAAACCAUCAAGCGCUAUGAUGAAACUGGCUGUCAUGAGGACCGCCACAGGAAAGGAAGACCCAGAGUUACCAGCCUCAGAAAUUGCAGCCCAAAUAAAUGAUUCACAGAGUUCAAGUAACAGACACAUCUCAACAUCAACUGUUCAGAGGAGACGUGUGUGAAUCAGGCCUUCAUGGUCAAAUUUCUGCAAAGAAACAACUACAAAAGGACACCCAAUAAGAAGAAGAGACUUGCUUGGUUCAAGAAACUCGAGCAAUGGACAUUAGACUGGUGGAAAUCUGUCCUUUGGUCUGAUGAGUCCGAAUUUGAGAUUUGUUUCCAACCGCCGUGUCUUUGUGAGACACAGAGUAGGUGAACGGAUGAUCUCCGCAUGUGUAGUUCCCACCGUGAAGCAUGGAGGAGGAGGUGUGAUGGUGUGGGGGUGCUUUGCUGGUGACACUGUCAGUGAUUUAUUUAGAAUUCAAGGCACACUUAACCAAAAAGUAAUAAAGGGGAGUAUAUAUAUAAAAAACAUGGGGGAUUGGAAGUGAUGCAGACAAUUACAUUGAUAGAAGUUACAAUCCAUCUGCAAUAUUAAGCUGAUAAUGAAGCCCCGGGAAAAAGGAAAAAAAAAGGAGAGUGAUGGAGUGCUGCAUCAGAUGACCUGGCCUCCACAAUCACCCGACCUCAACCCAAUUGAGAUGGUUUGGGAUGAGUUGGUCGGCAGAGUGAAGGAAAAGCAGCCAACAAGUGCUCAGCAUAUGUGGGAACUCCUUCAAGACUGUUGGAAAAGCAUUCCAGGUGAAGCUGGUUGAGAAGAAUGCGUGCAAAGCUUUCAUCAAGGCAAAGGGUGGCUACUUUGAAUAAUCAACAAUCUAAAAUCUAUUUUGAUUUAACACUUUGUUGGUUACUACAUGAUUCCAUAUGUGUUAUUUCAUUGUUUUAAUGUCUUCACUAUUAUUCUACAAUGUAGAAAAUAGUAAAAAAUAAAGAACAACCCUUGAAUGAGUAGGUGUGUCCAAACUUUUGACUGGUACUGUAUAUAAACUCCCAGUCAUUUAUUGGCUAAAAAUAAAGAAGGCACAGUGAUGCCGAAACGUUGGUGUUUUACCCAAUAAAUUACUGGAGGUUUAUAUAUAGUGUGUGGCUCUUUAUUUAUUUUAUAGCUUACAUUUUAUUUGCUGUUAGUCAGCACCUCCACACAAAAUGAUUUUCUCUUAGACUUCCUUAUUUAUAAAAUACAUUUUCCCAAGACAAAUAUGAUUAUUCAUGUUCUGAAUCGUUCAGUGAGGUCUUUCUCUAACAUACACUGCUCAAAAAAAUUAAGGGAACACUUAAACAACACAAUGUAACUCCAAGUCAAUCACACUUCUGUGAAAUCAAACUGUCCACUUAGGAAGCAACACUGAUUGACAAUACAUUUCACAUACUGUUGUGCAAAUGGAAUAGACAACAGGUGGAAAUUAUAGGCAAUUAGCAAGACACCCCCAAUAAAGGACUGGUUUUGCAGGUGGUGACCACAGACCACUUCUCAGUUCCUAUGCUUCCUGGCUGAUGUUUUGGUCACUUUUGAAUGCUGGCGGUGCUUUCACUCUAGUGGUAGCAUGAGACGGAGUCUACAACCCACACAAGUGGCUCAGGUAGUGCAGCUCAUCCAGGAUGGCACAUCAAUGCGAGCUGUGGCAAGAAGGUUUGCUGUGUCUGUCAGCGUAGUGUCCAGAGCAUGGAGGCGCUACCAGGAGACAGGCCAGUACAUCAGGAGACGUGGAGGAGGCCGUAGGAGGGCAACAACCCAGCAGCAGGACUGCUACCUCCGCCUUUGUGCAAGGAGGAGCACUGCCAGAGCCCUGCAAAAUGACCUCCAGCAGGCCACAAAUGUGCAUGUGGGUGGUAUGAGGGUCCGACGUCCACAGGUGGGGGUUGUGCUUACAGCCCAACACCGUGCAGGACGUUUGGCAUUUGCCAGAGAACACCAAGAUUGGCAAAUUCGCCACUGGCGCCCUGUGCUCUUCACAGAUGAAAGCAGGUUCACACUGAGCAUGCGGAUGCUUUAGUCCAGGUCUGGGAGGAGAUCCCUCAGGAGACCAUCCGCCACCUCAUCAGGAGCAUGCCCAGGCGUUGUAGGGAGGUCAUACAGGCACGUGGAGGCCACACACACUACUGAGCCUCAUUUUUACUUGUUUUAAGGACAUUACAUCAAAGUUGGAUCAGCCUGUAGUGUGGUUUUCCACUUUAAUUUUGAGGGUGACUCCAAAUCCAGACCUCCAUGGGUUGAUAAAUUUGAUUUCCAUUGAAAAUGUGUGUGACUUUGUUGUCAGCACAUUCAACUAUGUAAAGAAAAAAGUAUUUAAGAUUAUUUCAUUCAUUCAGAUCUAGGAUGUGUUAUUUUAGUGUUCCCUUUAUUUUUUUGAGCAGUGUAUUAACAUUAUAUCCAAAAAGUCGGAUUUCAUAACCUAAUACAUCCGAUAAUAAGCACUUAGCUCUGUUGACAUAGCGGUGCAGGUUUCUCGUAACACAUUUUUAGAAAUUUACAUUUUGUGGUCAAAGUUUGUUUCCGUGGUUCGCAAAAAGCUAAAUUAGCAUGACACGAGCUGAAUUAAAUGUAAAAGGCUUUGGAAAUGAAAGGCUUUGUAUACCCUUAGUGCGCCAUUGACAUUUCAGAGAUACGCUUGUUUUUGUGAGAUAUCUGCGAAGAAUUACAGGAAUUUCGAACGAAUAUGAAAAGUGUAUAUCCAUCUUACCUCUAUAUUGUUUUGUGUCGUGCGGAUUCUAGAAGAAAGAUGACGAGUUCAACUGGAAAGUGAUCCUGUCAGUUAGCCAGUAGCCUUCAUUCCUGCACAGAAUCCAGCCUAGCUGACGCCAUGCAAUUUUCCAGAUUUUUAACUACUUUUUUUCCUCUGGCCUCCAUUGAUUUAGUCGCCCUAAUUCUGGCCAUCCUACAAGGGUAAAAACUCCAAUAACUUUUGAACAGAUUAUGAUAGAGACUUGAGGGUUGGACCAUUGGUUUUCUUAGAGGAGGAUCUACACAAUUAACACCAUUUUACCCAUUGGUCAAAAUAUGCAUUUUUGAUUGGACACCCUAUAAACUGCAACUCUUGUGUUUGACCGUGUGUCAGAUUUCUACAGUUGCAGAGGAUUCCCAGGACUCCCAGGAGUCGGUGGACAGUGUGACAGACUCUCAGAAGAGGAGGGAGAUUCUGUCCAGACGCCCUUCCUACAGGUACCACUCCUCCACAGGGCCGCUCUCUCAGCCUCAGGGCAGCAUUAAAUUAUCCCAAUCUGGCAACAUUACUGUCAUGUGGACUCAGUGUUGCUAGAUAGGGAUUUAAAAACUAAAUAAAAAAUGCAGAUUGGGUGCCAUUUUGGCUCUGUUUGGGCUGUGAAUGAAAUCUGACAACACAUUGUUGACAGAGUCUGAGACAUUGGUUGGGAUUGUGUUUGUUGUCCCUUGCAGGAAGAUCCUGAACGACCUGUCGUCUGACGUGUCGGCGGUCCCGCCGAUCGAGGAGGAGAAAUCGGAGGACGACUCGACCCCCGCCAUCACCACCGUUACUAUGCCCACAUCAUGCCCCAUCUACCAGACGGCCAGCGGCCAGUACAGUACGUUACCCCUCCCUACUCACUCCCAAUGGUACAGAUCUAGGAUCUAGAUCUGCUUCCCCUCCACCAAUCCCCUUGAGGGGAAAAUGCUAAACUGACCCAAGAUCAGCAUCUAGGGGCAACUUCCCCCGUACUCCAGUUUCAUCAUGGCCAUAUUUGAAGCGUGCCUGGCUCGUUCUAGUUUGUCCAAGGCAUACUUACUUUAUAUUUGAUGAGUAGUGUAUGGUCAAUGACUAUAGUGGAAAUAGGGUCAUGUUCAGUAGGGAUAUUUUUUUUUAAAAACUGAAUGAAACAGGAAGGUACUACCUGAACAUGUCCAAUAAUGACAGAUGUUCAUUUUCUGUUGCAAAACGUUUCUCUACGGUUUGCCCUGCUGAACAUGACCGAGCAGACCGCUGAAAUGUUCCUAACCUGUCCAUCAUCCACUAACCCCGCCUCCUCCUCGGCAGUCGCCAUCACCCAGGGCGGCGCCAUCCAGCUGGCCAAUAACGGUACGGAUGGCAUGCAGGGGAUGCAGACGUUGACCAUGACCAACGCGGCGGGCGCCCAGCAGGGCACCACCAUACUGCAGUACGCUCAGACCUCCGAUGGACAGCAGAUCCUGGUGCCCAGCAACCAGGUGGUAAUGCAAGGUGAGAAACUCUUGGACCACGGGCGGCCCCACCCUCGUUGAAGUUGCAAUUCUUAUGGGGUGCCCCGUCAGUUGUUCAUCAGCUCGUACAUUCCCACGUCUAAACAGAACAGUUUUUCUGCAUGACUGGAUCUCAUGCAGUCACACACAACACAAACAACUCCUGUAUGCCUACAAUCAGAAUUUCUUGACGUAAACGCUAACACGUAAUGCUACGAUCCCUUCUGUUUCCCAGCUGCCUCUGGAGAAGUGCAGACCUACCAGAUCCGUACAGCCAACACCAGCAGCAUGACUCCUGGGAUGGUGAUGGCCUCCUCUCCAGCCCUGUCCGGCCAGGAAGGCCCAGAGGUAGUCGUCACCCGCAAGAGGGAGGUCAGACUGAUGAAGAACAGGUAGGUGGAGUAGAGGCCAUAGAUACUAUAGCACUGUUAGCUAGGGUUAUGUUGAUCACUUUAAUGAAGGGUGUUGGGUGAAAUGGUAGCCUAUAUCCUAUAAUGUAAAUGUAUCAUUGUUUAUAUGGAACUCCUACUUAUAAACCUACGUAAUAAAGUUUUGAGGUAAUGUUAAGUGAACACAUGAGUAACAUGAUGAUGAUGUUAAGAUUUGCUUAGCUGAGGCAGACAUACAGUACUGUGUGUUUGUGACAGGGAGGCGGCCCGGGAGUGUCGCCGGAAGAAGAAGGAGUACGUCAAGUGUCUAGAGAACCGUGUGGCCGUUCUGGAGAACCAAAACAAAACCCUCAUUGAGGAACUGAAGUCACUUAAAGACUUGUACUGCCACAAAUCAGAGUAGUGCCCCCCCC